GGAGCAGGAGCAGGAGAAGGAGAAGGUGGAGAACCAGGCCACUGACGGUUCACACUCGGGAAGCUGCGGGGCUCACACUCUCUUCGGCCCGGCAGCAGACUGUGACUCGAGGGGGAGGACCAGGUGGACGAGGUCAACUCGAAGCCGGACCACACACACACACACAGCGGGGAGAGAAGAGGAGCCAAGCGGACACUAGAGGAAUGAACCCGGCAUCAACCAGCAAAGAAAGAUAGCUGCUCAGAAAGAGGAGAGACAGGGGGGGGGGACAUCCCUAACGGAGCCAGCCAGACGACUCUCCAGCCCGGCGGCAGGGAGGCACCAGAGGAGGUGGAACCAGCGGGAGACGAGGUCACCAGGAGAGGAGAGCUAGCACCACACACUCCGCAGGCAUGGCAGACGCAGACCUGGACUUCCAGACCGGGGACGCAGGGGCGUCCUCCACUUACCCACAGCAGUGCUCGGCCCUGCGCAAAAAUGGCUUUGUUCUGCUGAAAGGUCGACCCUGCAAGAUCGUGGAGAUGUCCACCUCCAAGACCGGCAAGCACGGCCACGCCAAGGUGCACAUGAUUGGUAUCGACAUCUUCUCUGGUAAGAAGUACGAGGACAUUUGUCCCUCAACCCACAACAUGGACGUCCCCAACAUCAAGAGAAUGGAUUACCAGCUCAUUGGGAUCACAGAGGGCUACCUGUCUCUGCUCCAGGACAGCGGCGAGGUGAGAGAGGACCUGAAGAUCCCGGAGGGAGAGCUGGGCAGGGAGAUCGAGAUCAAGCACGAAGCCGGAGAGGAGAUCCUGAUCACCGUUCUUAAUGCAAUGGAGGAAGAAGUCGCCAUCGGCAUCAAAGCCUUGGGUAAAUAAGCCACUGCAGGUAAAUACAGAGCCACAGCAGUUUGGACCCCCCCCUCAUCUAGCACCUUUCCCAACCCUGCCUGAAGAGGAGUGUGUGUGUGUGUGUUUUUGGUUGUGUUUGGGUGUCACACCACAAGCCACCAGCAUGUGCCAUGCCAGUGCAUGUGUGUGUGUGAUAUCAUGUGGAGUUUAUUGUUCAUUGGUGGAGCGGGGGGGGGGGGCAACUCCAGUCAUUUUAAAAUGAGAGAGUUUUUUAGUGUGGAUUUAAAUCUAGAGCCCGAGUGAUGAGGAUUUCUGAGGCUGGAGACGAUACUCAAAAUAGGCAGUAAGAAAUGAUCAACUGAUCAAUUGGGAAAUAUAUAAAUAUUUUUUAAUGUGGCCAUGAUUCUGAAGACGGCGUUAUUAUAUGGCAAAGUAUUAAAGCCAUAUGAAAAAUAUUUGAAUGCCCUGAUAUUACGAGCAAUAAAAUAAGCAGCAAAGAGAACUCGAACCAAUCUCGUUAUUUCUUGAGAAAUAUUAAAAUCCUUUGACUCGCUCGCACUUUACAGGCGACCAGCAACAAACAUGUUUCUUUCUCUAGAAGAGACACAGUUCCUAAGUCCUGAUUCUUAUGAUAAUGUGGUGCUCACCAGGCAAAACACUAAGUAUUUCUUUAUUUAUGAAACCUGAAUCAUAACUCGUUUCUCAUUUUAACACAGGUCGUCUGAUAUUCUCCGUCUAGAGUGAUAUGCAAUCAUAGAUAGAAAAGAAAUGUUUUAUAUUAGAAAACAUAACACAAACACUGUGAAAGCCUCAAAUUGUAUCGGCCGAUUUUAUUGACCAAUCGAUAAAUCAAUCAGGCUUUACUAAUAUCCAUGUGUUAAAUAUAUAUGUUUGUUUGACAUUGGAUUUUAUCCGAGAUUUUAAAAAUGUAUAAUUAAAUGUGAUCAAUGAAACGAUUGUAUGAAAUGAUGGAUUUGCCUUCCCCCUCCGUGUACUUUCUGUCUCAUGUUAACACUAUUAGGAGCAUGUGUAUCAUUUUUGCGUAGCACUUUCAAAAUAUUAAGGAAAGCUUAAGGUUCAUAUUGUAUAUUUUCGAGCUUCCUGUUACUUCCUCGUAGCAUCGUUGUAACUUUCAGGUCAAAACUGUUUUGUGCACUUUCUCACUUGAAAACUGUGGGCUGUGCAAUAAAGUGUCCACACAAAUAAAAGACAGUGUUGUACGUGCAUGUUGCCUCUGAGGAGGCUCCAGCUAAAAACAGCGACUGCUUCAUUAAA